AUGAGCGCCCACGAGAAGGUGGUCGCUUCCGAUAAGAUUUGGGCGUCCCUGAUAACCAAGGACUCGUACCUGCCGGGCCUCCUCACCCUCGCCUUUUCCCUCCGCCGGGUCGGGUCCAAGUACCCCCUGGUCGCCCUCCACACCGGCACUCUCGCCGACGAUACCGUCCGCGCCCUUGCCGAGAGAGGGAUCCCCCUCCAGCGCGUGCCCUAUAUCUUUCCCGGAACCCCGCCGCCGCAAGCGGGCGCCGUCGUCGGCACCGACGGCCGAAACGGCGCGGCGGCGAAGCGGGGAGGCAGUGCCGUCGCCGACCGCGAAGCCGAUGAUGAUGAUGAUGGCGGCAGCAGCAACAGCACCACCACCACCACCACCACCACCACCACCACCACCACCACCACCACCACCACUACCACCAACGGUAACAGUACCAACGGUGGUGGUAGCGGCUCCCGCAACGGCUGGUACGCGCACGACCCGCGCUUUCGCGACUGCUUCACCAAGCUCGCCGCUUUCUCGCUGGCCGCCUACUCCCGCAUCGUCCUGCUCGACGCCGACAUGCUGGUCCGCCGCAACAUGGACGAGCUGUUUGACCUGCCGCUCGACAACGAGAAUCGGUUGUUUGCCGCCACUCACGCCUGCACCUGCAACCCCCUCCACUUCGCGCACUACCCGCGCGACUGGACGCCCGACCACUGCGCCUUCACGCAGCAGCACGCCGACCCGGCAGGGGCGCAGACGUCCGGGGGAUCGCCGGACGACGGCAUGGGCCAGCUCAACGGCGGGCUGCUGGUGCUGGCGCCGUCGUCGUCGUCGUCGUCGGCGGGCGGGGUAGACAUCUACCGCGCCGUGCUGGACGCGCUGUGCGGGCCGGAGCCGACCCCGCCCGAGCGGCUGCCCUUUGCCGACCAGAGCCUGCUCGGGCUCCUCUUUGCCGGCCGCUGGGUGGCCCUGCCCUACGUCUACAACGCGCUCUGGCCGAUGCGCCGCCGGGGCGUGCACCGCGCCAUCUGGCGGGACGCCGAAGUGCGCAACGUGCACUAUAUCCUGACGCCCAAGCCGUGGGAGAAGAAACAGAAGAAGAAGGAGGAGGAGACGAAGGUGAAGGCGAAGGCGGUCGACCGUCAAGAGAAGCAGAACGGGGGUGAUGAUGAUGAUGGAGCGCCAAACGGGCGACAGGCUCGGACAGGGAGGGAUGAUGGUGGCGACGGCGACCACCACACCGACGACGCCGACGGCACCGACGACGACGACGAUGUGCUGGAUCGGUGGUGGUGGGAAGUCGAUGCGGAGAGGAGAGCAUGGGAGGCCAAGAACGGGAUUGGGGAGCAAAGAGGGUAG